AAACCAAACAGUCCCUUAACAGAGACUGGCCCGACGUUAGUUGCCGCCGCGCCGCGCUGGUACGGAGUUGUUGUCAUAAUGUCUGAGGAUUCAAAUUCUGCUAUUUUGGAUCCUAUAUCUAAUGUGACGGAAGGAUGUCGGCUCCCAGUUCUCAUGUCCAAUGGCGAGGAUUGGCGUAAGUCAGGACACUCAACACUGGCAGAAGUCAUCAGUAUAAAGGAUUUAGAAAACAAGAGGCUCUUUUAUGUUCAUUACAUUGACUAUAAUAAAAGGCUAGAUGAAUGGGUUGAAGAAGAUCGGCUGGACUUGCGGAAGAUCCAGUAUCCGCGGCGAGACCUGGCGUCGUCCACUACUGGUCUGAACACCCCUAAGAAAACUUUGACCGGAGCCACAAAUUCUCGACCCUCCUCACCAGGUCUCACCACACCAGACCCAAUCACUGGCCCUUCUGUGUUAGCUGCCCUGCAGCAAAAACAACAGAAGAUCAAAAAAAGGAAGUUGGAUCCAAAUGAGGAGGAUGAUGGUCGCAGAGCAUCUAUUGGCUCCCUUGGAGGAUCCAUCGGAAGUUCUAUUGGAAGCUUGGGAGAAAUUGAGAUUGCCCCACUCACUCCCCUCACUCCACUGACUCCACUCACUCCACAGCAGAAUGUUCCUCGCCAGACAGGUUCUCUAGCCACUCACUCUGAUGACCAUGCCAUCACCCGCAUCAAGAACAUGAAGAUGAUAGAACUCGGAAAAUACAGAAUAAAACCUUGGUACUUUUCUCCUUAUCCACAGGAAAUAACAAGUUUGGAUUGCAUAUAUAUAUGUGAAUUCUGUCUGAAAUACCGCAAGAGUAGAAAAUGUCUUGAGAGACACCUGCACAAAUGUCCCUUCAAACAUCCUCCUGGAAAUGAGAUCUAUCGUAAAGGAUCAGUUUCCUUUUUCGAGUUGGAUGGUCGCAAAAACAAGCUCUAUGCCCAGAAUCUUUGUUUGCUGGCUAAGUUGUUCCUUGACCACAAGACACUGUAUUAUGAUACUGAUCCCUUUCUGUUCUAUGUCAUGACUGAGUGUGACAUGAGGGGCUACCAUAUUGUCGGCUACUUCUCUAAGGAGAAGGAAUCUUCAGAAGACUACAAUGUUGCAUGCAUCUUGACGCUUCCUCCUUAUCAGCGGAAAGGUUAUGGCAAGCUGCUGAUUGAAUUUAGUUAUGAACUGUCAAAGUUUGAAGGGAAGACAGGAUCCCCUGAGAAGCCAUUGAGUGACCUGGGGCUGCUUUCUUAUCGCUCAUAUUGGAAACAGACUAUAUUGGAAAUUCUGAUAGCCCUGAAGCCUCAAGAGGGUCAAGAGAAGCCUCAACUAACCAUCAAUGAAAUAUGUGAGCAAACUAGUAUAAAGAAAGAGGAUGUGAUAUCUACACUCACAAAUUUGGAGCUGAUUAAUUAUUACCGUGGUCAGUACAUCCUCACACUCAAUAAGGAGCUAGUGGACAGUCAUAGGAAGAUCAUGGAGAAGAGAAAAGUGAGGAUAGACUCAAAGUAUCUACACUGGACUCCUAAGGACUGGGCCAAGAGAGGGAAGUGGUAGUGGGUGAGUUGUGUCAAUGCACUCUCAAUGUGAUAAACCCAUGAAGACCAUUUGUCUUUUGGCAGGUAAUCUGCAUGUGAUAUGUAAUUCUAAGAUUGUAGAAAUUUCUAUAGCAAUAAAAGUAAUCAUGAAA